AUGGCAUCGUGCAAUUCUGCAAUUGGGCACACCAACAAGGCAGUUCAAGAAACUUCGCAGAGCUACCGACCACCUGUCCACGAUCCUUCUGACAUUCCUCUCGAUUUGGAAAGUCAUCCUGCGACAGAAGGACCCAGCAUGCAGCAACCCGUAUCGGUCGUGAUCCUGCUGGCUUCCAGCCUCGCCUCACUGGCAGCAGCCACUGGCACCAGUGCCGCAACAAACGGCGCGACGAACGUAAAGUAUUACAUUCGCUGCGCCAAAGAACUGAGCCGAACAUUCUCGGACGUUUGCUACACGCCUACCGCGCGCUGCGAAGGAGGCACCUACGUGAACCCGCUCCACGCGACCACGUGUAAGGACUGCGUGUGCGAGAGGCAGCUCAGGAGGCCAGAUGUCGGCCACAAGUAUGUCCCGUCCGCCAACACUGGAACUGGCAGCAGGAGUGGCGCGAGCCACGCCAAUGCAAUGACCACGCCUGCGCCGCACCAGGGGCAAAAGAGAGAGCCGCACGGGCUCGCGAACGGGCACAAGAAGCACCGGGAGCAUCACCACAAGAAGACCAAGUCGGUGCAGUUUGAAUACCGGCGCAGCCCUCAGACCGAAGAGAGCGGGCCAGUCAAGACGCCCACUGAGUGA